AUGGUCCUUGACAAAUCACCAUCAGAGACAUCGGAUCAUCUUACGAACCGAAAGAAACGCCUGCAUAAGAAGUCAAAGACAGGUUGUAACGAUUGCAGGAAGCGUCGGUGUGACGAGAAAAUACCAGCCUGUACCGCUUGCGUCCGACGUGGCGAUGUAUGCGUCUAUCCAUCCCCAAUAAUCAGUCAUCCUUCACCGGCUUCGGCUCAGCAAACAGAUGAGGCAGCACUCGCUGCGUCGCUGACGCUACCAAGGAUCGUCGAGGGCCAUGAACAAUCAGCAUCAUCAACCACAACCUUUACACCCGAUGAUCUUGCCUUGCUACACUACUGGACAAUCUCAACGAGCUUAGACAUCAUCAAGUCUCCCGUCGGAGAUCAUUAUUGGCAAAAGACGUUUCCAAAUAUUGGAUUCCAGUAUACCUUCGUCAUGCAUGGAAUUCUAAGCCUAGCAGCUCUGCAUCUUGCCUACAGACACCCUGCUGACAAGCCGCGACUUGUCUGUAUCGCCGCCUAUCAUCAUAACAUAGCACUACGGGGAUUUCAGCACGGCAUUAGCCAAGUGAACGAUGGAAAUAGUGAUGCUCUAUACGCCUUUUCUUGUUUAAACAUGGUCUAUGUGCUGGCCUUCUUCGGACCUCUCUGCGAUGGCGCUUCUGUCGACAGCAAGUCCCGCAUUCUCGGAGAAGGGUGGAUCCCAGCGAUACGCGGCGUCGACGCAGUACUACAUCCUGUAUACGAUAGGGUAUGUCGAGGGCCACUGGAUGACUUGACAAAGAUCGGCAACUGGGAUCAACUUGAUCCAGAUCAGCAAGCAUUUACUCACGACGAUCACUUCCGCAGUAUACAACAAGUUUGGGAAAGCAAUAACGACGCAUGCAUCUACAAUGAGACACUCUAUCUACUCCGGAAAUGCAACGCAUAUAUGAAGCAGUUCGAGACAAUGAGCAGUGAGGCUAAAGCUGAGUGGGGAUACAAUCAGGACUGGUCAGCACCAUAUAUAUGGUUACACGCGACUUCUAAGGAGUAUCUUGACUUGCUACAACAGCGAAAGCCACCGGCUUUGCUUCUUUUUGCGUAUUUCGGUGCUUUGGCCCAUGCUUUAGACGGAUCCUGGUUUAUGGAAGGUUGGGGGCGAAGUAUAAUACUUGUUGUCGAUGAGUUACUAAGAGGAUAUUAUGACCGAUGGAUAGAGUGGCCUAAAGAAAUUAUACGUAUAUAA